GAGAUAGCCGAAUCGAUACUUCAUCUACGUACUAAGCUUCCCACUGUGCUGUCACAUUAUCUAAAGGUCAAACAACCCCCUACUAGCCUGGGAAGGCAUAAUAAAGAAUAUCCGACUAGAGACUGUACGCGUUGGACGUGUACCGCGAAGAGUAUAUCCUUAGUUAUAUCUUCAGCACCACCAGACCCCCGAUGUCGAAUGUCGACACUUAGACUGCAGAGCCAUUCGAUAUAGUCGACAAUAACGAAGCUUCCUCCCCCAGAGUACGCACCUCUACUUCUACUCAAAGGGCCAGCCCUCGAAAGCUUCCUCGAAUCAUCUACUAUCCUCCGCCUGCAAGAAUGAGUGCACGACACUCCCCCAUCGAAGACGCCGUCUCUUCGGACGACGUACCCUCCCUAAGACCCUCUAUUGAAGGGCACACACUCACCCCUACGCCGGGUGCCCCCUCUCGGACUUCUCAAACCAGCCCCUUACGUCAAACCGACUUUGCCGAAAUUGCAGACGACGAUCCUGAGCUCCUUGCCUUGAUCCAAGCGGCUCGGCAACAGCUUAUUCGAGAUAGAGCUACUCGCGCCAGUACUAUUGCGGAUAGUGCUCCCGCUAUGGGCCCCGAUCUGAGACCGGCCCAGUUCGCCUCAAACGCUGCUCCGGACGACCCUUCAGGAGACUCCUCGUCAGAUAGCAACAGACGGACCCAUCCUCAUUUUCGAGGACCAUCUGCAAGACGCCACAGAGGCGAGAUCCCUACCCAAUUAACGCCUGCCCCUCAAACUAAGUCUAUUGCGCCAGCACUCCGGACCAACUAUCGUUUCCCUGACCCACCUCUCUUUGACAAUGGAGAAGACCCUACGUUUGAUUCGUGGAUAAUCGACCUGGACUCCAAGCUCGAGGCCUCAGGUUAUAUGGACCCUAGCGUAUCAGAGAAACAACGGAUGAACUACGCCCUUAGUCGUACUACUAUUCAAGAUCCGCUUUCUCACUUUGUUAGCUCAAGCAGGGAUAUUACGAGACUAGCUCUUCUCGGAUUUCCGCUCUAAGCUUACGCCCCGCAUCCGUAUCGCUAUUGCAGGCCAAGUGUAUAGUAUGCGCCAAAGCUUUACCAACCUCUGCGCUGUAGUAGAGCAGACCGACCUCGAACUCUCACACGUAGCUCAGACGAAGCUAGUGCCGACCCUA